CUCCUUAAGACAGUCUAUUGUUAGGUUAGAUUAGGUUUAGUGUGGUUAGGUAAAUAUGUUAAAUAAUAAACGUUUGCCAAUAUAAUGCAAGCAACAGAGGCUUUGUCCGUGUGUGUGUGUGUGUGUGUGUGUGUGUGUGUGUGUGUGUGUGUGUUUCCCGUGAACUAAUUAUCUCAUAACUUACCUACACCCUGACAUAACUCACCCUGACAUAACUCACCCUGACAUAACUACCCCUUGACAUAACUACCCCCUGACAUAACUACCCCCUGACAUAACUAAUUCCCUUAAUCUACCUGGACCAAAAUAGCCUUAAAUGAGAGCUAACAUGACACCUGUUCACCAUAUUAACUCACAGGUCAUUUACCUCAGGUGUGUUGCUGAGAUGGACACAAACCAACGCGUAUUUACGACUCUGUUACGUGUAGUCGACCCGGACUGAUGACUCAAUAUUCUACAUAUAUAUUAUACAGUAUCUCAGUCGUUAUAUUUGUGUUUAUUAUCAUCAUAGUGAAUAACAAAGCGUACUCAAUUUGUACUCAAGAUAUGAUUAAUAAGACAUUGUUCUAUAGUACUGGUUGAGUGAAUAUGUACUCAAUAUAUACACAGGAUAUGAUAAAUAAGACAUUAAAUUAAAGCAAAAUUAUUAGUUACUGAGAGAGACAUAAGUGAGCAAUGAUGAAAUAAAAGAAAACACCAAGAGGCAAUAACUACACCGAUAAGUUGUUCAGCAGUGGACAGUUAAAUAUUGACUUCCAGCACAGUACCCGCAGGUGGAUGUGACACAGUACCCGCAGGUGGAUGUAACACGACUCAAGUACACGCCCACAUUAAGUCCUGGGCUGCCCUGCUGAGGUAGUGUACUUUGACAGCGUCCUACAGAGCUGACUGAACCCACCCACACACGUGCAGCUUUAUACGUCCUCGUCCACCACAAACGCCCACGUCCAUCUACAUACGCCCACGCUUAGCUCCACACACAGACACCCACAACUUGGGAGAGCUGCCCGUGGGUUAUGAUAGUGGGGGCGCUGAUGGACUGGGCUGAAGACUUCAACACCACAAUGGGCGGCGAAGACCUCGUCAUAGGCCAAGGCACCAACGAGGAGGUGGUGGGCGGCGGGGACGAGUGGCCGCCCACUCCGCCCAUACAUUCUGACCUCCACAACCUGACCAGUCAUCACCCCAACGAAACGCAGAUAAUGGCUCGCCCUGAGGUACUGGGACCCGGGUACCACAAGCAACUGCGUCAGGGUAUCCUCGGCGUGAUGUUCUUGGUGGCACUGGUGGGCAAUUCUCGGGUCAUGUGGAGUCUGAGGAGCAAGUGGGGCAAGAGAGGACGAAUGACCAUCCUCAGCUUCAACCUGACCUUAGCUGACACGCUCGUCGUCCUCAGUACCAUUUUAGGUAAGUACUUCACAUCCUCGUCCUUCGUCUUCAUCCCUGGUAAGUACUUCAUCAUCCUCGUCCUUCGUCUUCAUCCUGGGUAA